UGUCAUCUAGACUGUCACAGACAUCCUCUCCUCAGUCAGGCUGCCCAUCCCCUUCCAUCCAGGCAAGCAAAGUCAUCUCCUCAUCGCAGAAGCACAGCAAGAAGGCACUCAAACAGGCCUUGAAGCAGCAGCAGCAGAAGCAGCAGCAGCAGCAAUGCAGAGCAGGCAUGCCUGUGUCAUCUAGCCAGCAUGUCCUUCUGAAGGCUGUCAAGGCAGCCAGCGACUCCACACCUGCAAAAUCUGCUUGGGAAGGAAAGCAGUCAGAUGGACAGUCGAGCAGCCCUCAGAACUCCACUUCUGGUUCCUCUCCCUCUGUUAAGCUUGAUAACUCCUUGCCAGGGUUGGGAAAGAAACCAUUCCAGAGAUCUGACAGGCUCCAUGCAAGGCAGCUGAAGAGAACAAAGUGUGCUGAAAUUGAUGUGGAAACUCCUGACUCCAUUCUUGUGAACACCAACCUGCGGGCACUGAUCAACAAGCACACGUUCUCCGUCCUGCCUACAGAAUGCCAGCAGCGCCUGCUGCUGCUGCUGCCCGAGGUGGACAGGCAGGUUGGGGCAGAUGGUUUGAUGAAGCUCAGUGGCUCUGCACUCAACAAUGAGUUCUUCACUUCAGCUGCCCAAGGGUGGAAGGAGAGGUUGUCAGAAGGUGAAUUUACACCAGAAAUGCAGCUAAGAAUACGACAAGAAAUAGAAAAGGAAAAGAAGGUCGAGCUGUGGAAGGAACAUUUUUUUGAGAGCUACUAUGGCCAGAGUUCUGGGCUAAGUCCUGAGGAGUCCAGGAGACUGAUAGCGAACACCGGCCCUGCCGAGACAGAGACUGAAAAUCCAGCAGCUGAGCCACCAAAAUGCCUGCCAGCCUCUCUGGUCCCACUCAAAGAGGAGAUGACCUCUCUGUUAGAGUCUAAAGCACAAGCAGUCCAGGAAGCACCAGCAAUGAAAAAAGGAGGGGAGGAAGGAAGGGAGGACGUGCAGCUGAAACCAGCCAAACCCACAGAGGCCUCAGUCUCCCCUGGUGCGUGCGCAGUGAAACCCAGCGACUAUUCCUUCCCUUUAAAAGAGAGAGUCCACGGAGAGUCUGUUCAAGAGAAACUACAAAUUGUCAACAGUCAAAAAGCAGACAUAGAGAGAAAGCACCCUGCCUCAAAGGAGGUGCUGGGCAAAGAGACUGUCAGUGCCUCAGGUGUGGCUCCAAGUAAACCAAAGAGCCCCGAAGCAGGUGAAGUAGUAGCAAACAUGAAAAGCCCAGUGAUGACUUCAGAAACACCAGAAAAGAAGCCCCCUGUAAAUGAAGACAUGGAAGUCAGUGUGGAAGCACCUAAGAGGAAGUCAGAGAGUCGGGAAGAAGCUCCAACCACUCCCGAAAAAAAGCCACGCAUCAUGGAGACCUGUCAGCACCACCAGGCAUUUCGGAGCCAGGCACAGCCCUUUCCUGCUGCGGGGACCCCAGUGCCGCGUGUACCCCCACUCAAGAUUCCCGUUUCCAGAAUCUCCCCAAUGCCAUUUCCUGCGGGCCAGGUCUCUCCCAGGGCACGUUUCCCGAUCUCACUUACCAGUCCAGGAAGAAGAGGAGCCAGAACUUUGGCAGACAUCAAGGCAAAAGCCCAGCAAGCAAAG